UAAAGAGUCUGAUUUAUUUUACUGUUUUGAACUUGUGUAAUGUUUUCAUUUUAUAAAGAAUAGCAUUAAUGAUAAAAAAAUAAGUUAAAAAAAAUAUCAGCGUGAGACCUCUGUCCUGCCGCUGAUGUUGUGAGUGACACGCAGUUCCACGCCUAAUCAGGUAAGACAGCUUUCUGACGUCUCCUUCUGUCUCAGCGUGACUCCUCAAUCUGCAAAGGUUUGAGGAAACUCAGUAGAGUUUCUCUGUCAAGGAAAAAGCAGCAGUCUGUCGACCCGAGACGAUCUUCGGCGAUGGAUAAAUUAAAAUCUGUGCUGAGUGGGGAAGAGGCGAGGAAUGACAGAACUGUUCUAGAGAGCGUGAAUAAAGCCUCGACACUGAGUUGGGCCACAAGAAUAAAGGGGUUCAUCGCCUGCUUCGUGGUGGGGGGUGCCUGCACAAUUUUGGGAGUGUGUGUGCUGUUCCUUCCUAAGAUUGGAAUCACUCUCUUCAUCGUUUUCUACACCUUUGGAAAUAUUUGUGCUCUUGGCAGCACCAUGUUUCUGAUGGGCCCGGUCAAACAGCUGAAGAGGAUGUGCGACAAAACAAGAGCACUGGCCACCACCAUCAUGAUUACUUGCCUUGUUCUGACUCUCUGUGCAGCCUUCUGGUGGAAAAACUUUGGACUUGCAUUGCUAUUUUGCAUUUUGCAGGUCUUGUCAUUUGCCUGGUACAGUCUGUCAUACAUUCCAUGUGUGAGGGAGGCGAUCUGGAAGCUGCUCUCUAUGUUCAUGAAGUGAGCUAUCUGUUGAUGUGAAGGCUCGGGCUGGAUGAAGUGAUUUUUUUUUUUUAAUAUAUAUUAAAGGAACUGUCUUUGUUUGAAGUUGACGAUCUCCCUUUAGAAGACAAAAGUUGCACUUUAUCUGCUGCAGAAUUUGUCCAUUGUUAUUUAAUUAUGAACAUAUUGUCUGUUGGUGUUAAAAUUUGUUCAUUCAUUUUAAAAUGUGUUUUAGUGAUCCCUUCUUUUUUGUGUAACAUGUGUAAAUGUAUGAAAUAAAUGUACAUAUUAAAGAUUUUAUAAAAUUGACAGAUAACAGCCUUA